AUGGGUGACAGGUAUAAUAUUCACAGUCAAUUGGAACAUCUUCAAUCGAAAUAUAUUGGAACAGGUCAUGCAGAUACUACAAAAUUUGAAUGGUUAGUAAAUCAACAUAGAGAUAGUUCGGCAUCUUACAUGGGACAUUAUGAUUUAUUAAAUUUUUUCGCAAUAUCAGAAAACGAAUCUAAAGCGAGAGUUAAGUUUAAUUUAAUGGAAAGAAUGCUUCAGCCGUGUGGUCCACCACCGGAAAAAUCCGAAGAUUAA